AUAUUGUUUGAAAGAAGUCUGUAUAUGUAUCAAAAAAAAUGAGAUCUUACCGUUUUACCGAACUUGUAGCUACAGAACAGGAAUUUCCCCAGCUUUUAAAAUUAACUGCUCCAAAGCAUUUCUUAGUAUUUGAAUUUUUCAACUGCAUUAAUAAUAUCGACUUUAACAAAUGUUUUAUUGCAUAAAAAAAAAGAAACCAAAAAGGGCAGAGGAGUUCCGCAAGGUGUGUGAUACGGAUCUGUAUCAUCCCUAGGGCUGUUAACCUUUAUCAGCCCCUAAGGCCAAUACGAGUUUAGUAAUGUCAUCUGUAUCACAUAUGCCAAAAAAAAUUGUGUUUAGUUCUAGGUAUGUAAUAAAUAUUGAUAUAAAUCUCAAAUCAAAGAAAGGAUAUAAAAACCUAUCACAAAGAGAAAACGUGCCAUUGCUUAAACACAACACAAUCGUGACAGAAAAAGAAAGUGGCAAGAUGAAACAGCUCCUGCUUUUGAUGGCUGUCGUCUGCCUGACCCACGUGACCUGUAACGAACCUCCCUGUUACUACGUCUGCUGUAACGCUUCCUGCUCAGUCAAGUGUAGACAGUGCUUCCAACGUUUGAAUGGGAAAAGACAAAGUCCACAUAAGCGCGGUUUCAUUCAACAACGCCGCAUGGAAUAUUGCUGUAACCAGAUCUAGGAACUGACACUCCAAAUCAUACUAUUUUCUCGAAAGUGAAACAGUGUUUGGACCUAAGCACAAAUCAUCACCGCUUACAAGACGUAGAUCUUGAAAAUAAUAGAUA